AUGGCACCGAAGCAGGCCACAUUAGGCAAGUUCUUCGGCGCGAAAGGGUCCAAGCCCGAACCGCAGCAGAGCAAACUAAGCUUCGCCACCAAGCCAGCACCGAAGAAGGAGGUUAAGAAGGAGGUUAAGAAAGAGGUUAAGAAGGAGGUCGAUACUCCGGAAGUAGCUGUCAAGGAAGAAAAGGCCGCAAAUAAGCCUAGAAAACGCACAAGAAGCCCGAGUCCCGCUGUCACGGCAUCAGGUCCGAAAGUCAAGAAUGAGGUUGUCGAGGAGGACGAUGAGGACGAACCUGCCACCAAGAGACCUCGGCGAACUCGCAAGCGUGUUAUUGAGGAUGACGAGGAUGAAGCGAUGGACGAAGCUCCAGUCAAGUCACCUACAACAUCACCCAAGGCUUCGACGGCCAGAAAGAGCAGCCCUUUGAAAUCUAAAACGAUUGCUAAGACAAAACCUGACGCACCCAAGGCGUCUCCUUCGAAGAAGGUCUCCAAGUCUCCCUCGCCUGUGCCGGGCGUCAGGGACGAAGAAGAGGAGGCAACAGAGUCUGCAUCGGAAGACGACGUGGUCGACGAUGACCAAGAGGAUACCAAGCCUGCAGUGUCGAAGAAGACACUGGAGGUGGUCCAGAUGAAGCUUAAGACGCAGACCAAGGACCCGUACCCUGACUGGAAGCCAGGCGAACCGGUUCCAUACGCUGCGCUGUGCACCACCUUCUCCCUCAUUGAGCUUACGACCAAGCGACUAGAGAUCAUGGCUCAUUGCUCGUUGUUCCUUCGACAAGUUCUGCGUCUGACCCCUGAUGAUCUUCUCCCCACCGUCUUGCUCAUGAUCAACAAACUAGCUCCUGAUUAUGCCGGUAUUGAGCUAGGCAUUGGCGAGUCUCUCAUCAUGAAGGCCAUUGGCGAGACGACGGGUCGCAGUCUUGCUGUCAUCAAGCAGGAUCAGAAAGAGAUCGGGGAUCUCGGCCUUGUCGCUGUCAAGAGUAGAUCCACACAACCCACCAUGUUCAAGCCUAAAGCCCUUACGAUCAGGGGUGUGCAUAAUGGCCUAAUGGGCAUUGCCACUGUUUCCGGCAACGGCGCUCAGGGUCGCAAGGUGGAUGCCAUCAAGAAGCUGCUGUCGGCAGCCGAUUCCCGUUCCUCUGGAAAGGUGGACAUCAGCAAGGACAAGGGAGGUCCCAGCGAAGCGAAAUAUCUCGUCCGGUUCCUCGAGGGUAAGCUGCGGCUGGGUUUGGCCGAGAGGACUGUCCUCGUCUCUCUAGCUCAAGCUGUGGUUUUCCAUGAGGCGGACGCCAAGGGUCAAGUGCCCAAAACCACGGACGUGGAGCAGGCAGAGGCCAUCCUCAAAACGGUGUAUAGUGAGCUCCCAAGCUACGAUGUCAUCAUACCCGCCAUGGUGAAUCACGGUAUCAUGAACCUCCGGGAGCAUUGCAAGCUCAAGCCCGGGGUGCCUCUUAAACCAAUGUUGGCCAAGCCCACAAAGGCCAUUACUGAGGUGCUGGACCGCUUCGAGAACCAGACCUUCACCUGUGAGUACAAGUACGAUGGUGAAAGAGCCCAGAUCCACUACGUAGCCAAGUCUGCGGAUGAGGAGAUCAGUCAAUCUUUGCCGGGAGCUGCCAAGUCUGCGGCAGAUGGAGUUGCUUCCAUAUUUUCUCGGAAUUCCGAGGACCUUUCCAAGAAAUACCCUGAUAUCCUCGCCAAGCUACACACCUGGGUCAAAGCAGACACAAGGAGCUUUGUUCUGGAUUGCGAGACAGUUGCCUGGGAUGUCGACGAGAAGAAGGUCUUGCCUUUCCAGCAAUUGAUGACGCGCAAGAAGAAGGAUGUCAAGAUUGAGGAUGUCAAGGUCAAGGUGUGCGUGUUUGCCUUUGAUCUGCUCUACCUCAACGGACAGGCCAUCGUCGAGAAGUCACUUCGAGAACGCCGUGAGCUUCUUGAGAAUGCUUUCGAACCAGUGGAGGGCGAGUUCUCCUUCGCGACGCACAUGAACGGACAGGAGCUGGAGCAGAUUCAGGUGUUCCUUGACGAGAGCGUUAAGGCAUCCUGCGAGGGUCUGAUGGUCAAGAUGUUGGACGGCACAGAGAGCGGGUACGAGCCCAGCAAGAGAAGUCGGAACUGGCUCAAGAUCAAAAAGGAUUACCUCAGCGGCAUUGGCGACUCGCUUGAUCUUGUUGUGCUGGGUGCAUACUACGGCAAAGGCAAACGUACAUCCGUCUACGGCGCGUUCCUGCUUGCGUGUUACAACCCUUCGUCCGAAUCAUAUGAAACUGUGUGCAACAUUGGCACGGGAUUUUCUGAGGCUGUUCUCGAGGAGCUGCACAAGCAGCUCUCGGACAUAGUCAUUGACCGGCCCAAACCGUUUUACGCACACUCCUCGGGCGGGCAACAUCAGCCCGACGUGUGGUUCGAGCCGCGUUACGUCUGGGAGGUCAAGACGGCAGAUCUGACGCUCAGCCCGCGCUACAAAGCCGGGUGCAAGGAAGGUGUCGACCCGGGCGGCGAGAAGGGCAUCAGUCUGCGAUUCCCACGGUUCAUCAAGGUGCGCGACGACAAGAAGCCCGACGAGGCCACCUCUAGUCGCCAGGUGGCCGAGAUGUAUCGCAAGCAGGAGAGCGUGGCCAAGAGCAAGGGUCCCGCGGCGGACGAUGAUUUUGAGUAUUAG